AUGCCCAGAGAAAACAGGAAGCGCGGAAAAAAGCAUAAAAAACAGGCAGACGACAAUGCCGUCCACGAGCAGCACGAAGAGCACUUACAAGCGGACGCAGAACCCCAUGCCGGACCAUCCUGGAUCGUCUCCGCACCUGAUAGGCCCGAAGCCAAUCUAGAGGCCCCCUUCGGAUAUGUAGAUGCAGAAGUCAAAGCGUACUUCAGAACAGUUGACCUGCAAAUUCGCGAAUGGCAGGAGCAAGGGAUGAACACGGUAGAGCAGCAGGAUGAGGACAACGAUCCCAAUGAAGAUCGUAGGCUCUUCUUUGUUGCUGCCCUUACGGAGAUGUCUGGGAAGGAGAAGCAACUUGCUACAGAUCCUGACUGUUCCACCGUACUCGAGCGAAUGUCAUAUUCUAUGGACGACUUUGUACGCAGAGUAUUCAUCGAUAGGCUCACCGGGUCGUUUGAGCAGUUGAGCAGACAUCGGUUUGCAUCACAUGUCUGCCAGACGCUGUUUACCGUCGCCAGUGACACUGUUGCUCGCGAGUGUCGAGGAAUCAUGCCUUCCGCGCCGGAGUCGUCCGAGGACGGCGAAUUGAGGACAUUGACGCAGCUCGUUCUCGAUGUCUCUGAGGAACUCCUGCCAAGUCUACCAUCGUUGGUCAUGGAUCCAUUUGCGUCGCAUGUCGUUCGUGCAUUCCUUCUCCUUCUGGCACCCGACUGCCUCCCAGCCGAGGAUGGGCACGGUUCUUCAGUCCGCUCCAAGCGAAGCGCAGCAUACAAGGUCAAACAAGGGUCCAUGAAAUCUGUGUUCUCUGAGGUUGGACAUCCUGAACAUACUGUCAAGCGGACACCACAGACAUUCCAUCAUAUUGCGAAGAAACUUGUGCAGAUCCUUCGGGAAAAGCUUGAUGACAACGAAGUACGAGCACUGGCGGCUGACAAAGUCGCCAGUCCCGUAUUACAGAUGUUGGUCGAGGUGGAGGCUGGACUUUCCAUGGCGGAUGAACCUGGCUCGCUAAUGGACCGAGCACUGGUUGGACUGAUUACAAUGUCUCAUGAGGACCCGACCGCAACUCCUGAGGCAUCCGACUACUUGAGUACACUUCUACGCGACCCAACUGCUUCGCAUCUACUCGAGACCCUCGUGCGCCGUGCACCCGAGGAAGUGUUCAGUAUCCUCUGGGUAACGUACUUCCAAGGCAAGCUAUCGAAGCUCGCUGUGCAUCCAGUAGCGAACUUUGUCGUCUCGAAGGCUCUUGAGCGCGCGAAUCCCGAGCAGCUAAAUCAAGUGUGUGAGGAGCUGAACGAGAUCUUCGGGAAGAUUAUUAAGCAUGCUCGUACUGGAGUUCUCCGUGCCUUGAUUGAUAGGGCUGCUGCUCUUCACGCUCAUGAAGCGCAAGUAGCUAAGGCUGUCAUGAUCGCGUUUGACCUGUCAGAAAACGACGACAAGUCAUUAGUUAUUCCAUGCAUCAUGCGACUAUUGACCCCUGCGGAUUACAAAACAGCCGCCGACUCAAAGGGCGACCAACCCAACACAUCUGGAGACAGCCAGUCGAGAAGGUGGGGACGUCAUCAAGCUGUUGACGAUCCUCUAGAGCCGAAGGUACAAGGCGCUAUACUUCUGCAGUCAAUGCUACGUCUAGCUGCUCCUCAUAAUGAGGUGGUUUUGGAGAGCAUCCAAGCCAUGGAGAUGGACGCGUUGCUUGCGGUUGCGCACCAUCCCAUAAGUUCGCGCGUACUGGACGUCGCACUCGAGUCAUCAACAGUCCCGGCGAAAUUCAAGCGAAAGUUCAUCCUCACCUUCCUCGGGCACUACCACGAGCUCGUCGACGACCGGAUAGGCAGCCGAGUGGGCGAACGGUGUUGGGCCCAUGCCGAUCCAUAUCUGAAGGAGAAGAUCGCACGUUCGCUGUUCGCCCACGAGCAUGCGCUGGCUGGCUCACGCUACGGCAAGUUCUUUGCCAGGAGCGUCAACCUGCACCUCCUGCAGCGCAAUCCGGAUCAGUGGAGAGACCAGCAGUCAGCCGCCAAGGACAAUGGUGCGGGAACACAGCCUGGGAAACAGAUGCAGAUGAACGGCACCAAGCAGCCUGCCAAGCGCAGACGCAAAGAGGCACCUGAGGAUGAGAUCGACGUCCUCUUCGGUGAAAGGCUAGGCAAGAAGGUCAAGAAAGGAGAGCUCAAACCCAAGGACGAGAAGAGUGUGAAGUCCGAGAAGGGCGACGAGGUACAUGACGAACGGGGAAAGGCCGCAAAAGUGGAUACCGCCGACAAGGAUCUAAAAGACGUUCUUGGUGCCAUACGGGCAGCGCCCAAAGACGACGGGGCUCAUCGCAAGAAAAAGCGUGCGCGCUGA